AUGUCAUAAUAAUAAUACGAAGGAUUGAUAGAGGAGAACACUUAACUUAAGAAAGCCAUAAUUUCUUCUAAGGCUGUGAUAGGCAGAAAGAUUAAUGAAUAUGAGACUCUUCAAGCAAUCAAUGAGGAGUUGAAAUAGAAUCUUGAUAAAAUGAGAAUGGAGAAUUAGGAUUUAUUAUAGAAGUAUAGAAUAGCUCUGCAUGACAGAAAAUAAACAGAAUAGCAAUUUGAUAAUGCAACUAAGAAUUGGAAACUAUUAAUUGAAUAAAAACAAAGAGAAAUCGAAGAAAUCUAAAGCAGAUUGACCCCUGCGUUUGAUUAAGAUAUGAUGAGAAUUAAAUUGUUGAAUGAAUUAGAUUUACCACAUAGAUAAUAAUUGGAAUAAAAGUAAUUAGAGAUUGAAAAGUUGAAUGAAACUAUUUAUUAAUUAAAAAGAAAGAUUGAUUUGGAAAUAUCAAGAGUAGAGACUAUAUAAAUAGAUAAAGAUAAAGAAAUGAAAUUGCUUUAAGAAAAACAUAAGUUAGAUUUAGCAGAUCUCUAACAUUAAAUCUCUGAUUUAACAAAAUAAGUAGAAGAUAACAAGGACAGAGACACAAUCAGAAAAUUAAGAAAAGAUUUGGAAGAAUACAAAUUAAAAUUCUGUGCUACUGAUACUGAAAAUGAAGAAUUAAGAAAUGAAAGAGAUAAAAUUAGAGAGGAGAAGAAUGAUAUCAUGAUUAAAUUUGCCAGAUAGCUUGAUUCGGAGAGGAAUGAUAAAAGACAAUUUAAAAGUGAUUUUGAUAAAUUAUAAGUGAGAACUAGAUUCUUAGAGGAUGAAUUUAGAAAAGAAAAAUAAAGAAGAGAAUAAGUUGCAACUGAUUUUGAAAUUUUAAAAACUGAAAAAGAUUAGUUGUUAACUGAUUUAAGAAAAAAAGAUGAUACAAUUCAUUAUCUAUAAAGAAAAAUUACUGAUAUGGAAGAGGAGUAAUUGGAGUAAGAAUAGAAGGUGUAAGAUAAGUUAACACGUUUGUAUUAGGAUGAACAUGAUAAGUAUUUACAAGAGAGAAAUAAGGCAGUUACACUUUAAAAGGAUGUUGAUAACUUAAAAAAAAGAUUUAGUGAUCUUUAGGAUGAUUAUAAAGUAUUGAGGGAUAGAUAUCAAAAGGAAAACACAGAAAAUAAAGAUUCAAUCAGGGUAUAGAAUGAAGAAAUUGAAAAGUUGAAGAAAACCCUAUCACAAUAAUCAAAAGAAAUUGGAGAUUUAGAAAGAUCCAAUAAAAAUAAAGAAGAACAACUUCAUGAUCUAGAAAAUGAAAAUGAAACAAUCAAAAGAAGAAAUCGAGAACUUCAACAUAGAAUCUAAUUAAUUGAAGUGAAUCCUCUUCCAACUCCAGUCUAAACUCAGCCUAUAAUGAGUUAAUCUUAAGUACCUACUCUUAGUUAAGUUCCUUAAUUUGCUUAAUAAAUUUAAGAACAGUACGAUACCACAAAACCGAAUAAGCAAUAAAUUACAGUAUAAUCAGAAAAUGAUCCUUAAAAUCAACAAUAAAUGUUAGCUUAAAAACAAUCUCUUUAACAAAUUACUGAGGAAAACAGGUCUUUGAUUUCUAAGAAUAAAAAACUCAAUAAAAAGCUUAAACUAGCAAAUGAGAAAAUUCUUGAACUCUCUAUGAAAAAUACUAUCUUAGAGAAAUAAGUAUCAAGAUAGCACUCAUAAACACCAAUAUAAGAUUUUGAUAGAUCUAGUUUAGGUGCACAUGCUCAUUCUUAGUCGCCAUUUAGACAGGAGGUCUAUUAGUAGUUAGGCAAUGAAACAAUUGAGUAAAGACCAUCUUAACAAGCUGUUCAUACUGAUACAAGAUUGGAUAGAUAUGAUAAAUAAGAGUGCUAAACUCGUUAAGAUAGAUUUACUUAAUAAUCAUAAGAUAAACAUCGACCACGGGGUUAAUCUGGAAUUGAUGCUCGUGGAGUCUAAGGUCAUCCAAUCGAAAUAAGAGAUGAUGAAUUACUGAAUAAAGUUAUGUUGCUUACUGAUGCGUCUGGAUAAAACAAACACUGGUGA